AUGAGCACUCCCCCCGGACCUGCAAGACUCCCCCCGGACCUGCAAGACUCCCCCUGGACCUGCAAGACACCCACUGGACCGGCAAGACUCCCCCUGGACCUGCAAGACUCCCCCCAGACCUGCAAGACUCCCCCCAGACCUGCAAUACUCCCCCUGGACCUGCAAGACACCCCCUGGACCGGCAAGACUCCCCCUGGACCUGCAAGACUCCCCCUGGACCUACAAGACUUUGCCCGGACCAGCAAGACUUUCUCCCAGGCUUGCAAGACCCCGCCCAGACCUGCAAGACGCACACCGAACUUACAAGACUCCCCCCGGACUAGCAAGACUCUCUCCCAUACCUGCAAGACUCCCACCGGACCUGCAAGACUCCCCCCUGGAACUGCAAGACUCCCCCCUGGACCUGCAAGACUCCGCACAGACCAGCAAGACUCUCUCCCAGACCUGCAAGACUCCCCCCGGAUCUGCAAGACUCCCCCCGGACCUGCAAGACUCCCCCUGGACCUGCAAGACUCCCCCUGGACCUGCAAGACUCCACCCAGACCUGCAAAACUCCCCCCGGACCUGCAAGACUCCCCCCUGGACCUGCAAGACUCUGCCCGGACUUGCACCCAGAGGACCUACAGCCAGAGUGCCUGCACCCAGAUCACAGCAACAUGA